AUAAAGUUUUGUGUGGUAUAUGCGACACUCCGGGCCAACCUUGGCGUUACCUCAUAAGACUGUGGUUUGAUUUCCCAAGUUGAUCUCAGUUCACUAGACCAAGGAGGCUUGCUCAGAGAAAGAGUCUUGAAGGUUCAAAAGAAAAAAAAAUAUAUUGGGAGAUUCAUCGGUCCAAAAGGUGGAAUCGCCCACCCCAGGCGCCCCCACCCCCUUGCCCGACAGGAAUGGUGGAGGAAGUAAAUCAUGGUGACUCAGUCGGCCAAGAACGCUAGACCCGUGCCCACCGCGCACAAGGAGCCUCCUCACCCUUUAUGGGAUUUUUGGAUAGCUCCCACACUGCCGCUUGCGGGACUCGAUCCCUGGUCAUCGGUCCAAGAUUUCACGCUCUUGACCAACNAUCGCCCACCCCAGGCGCCCCCACCCCCUUGCCCGACAGGAAUGGUGGAGGAAGUAAAUCAUGGUGACUCAGUCGGCCAAGAACGCUAGACCCGUGCCCACCGCGCACAAGGAGCCUCCUCACCCUUUAUGGGAUUUUUGGAUAGCUCCCACACUGCCGCUUGCGGGACUCGAUCCCUGGUCAUCGGUCCAAGAUUUCACGCUCUUGACCAACUGAGCUGCCCAUGCGGGCAUAUUGGGAGAUUCAUGUGGGGCAGCAAAGAAGACAUUGGUGUAGAGUAGUUACAUUUCUUAUUUCAGGGAGCUUUUUCUGGAACAGGUUGAGGAUGAACACGGUGUAAAAUCACUGUCUCCACGGCUCGUUUGGCUCCAACCAAAGUAUUCUUCCGCAGCAUUGCCACUGUCAAUGGGCCAACGCCAACAGGAACCGGAG